GAAUAUUCCAACGCGGGAACAAACGUAAGCACAGCGAGGAUAACACACAAUACGGUGGCACUUCGCACGCUAACAAGCCCCAGAUGUUGUAGCGUGCCUUUUUCAACAUUAUUCUCUUGCUUCCCAUUCCCACGGUGUGGAGAGCGUCUCAGGCAUGCAGCUUAACGCGAGCUUGCUGGAUUGUUGCGUCCUAGUCUCCUGUGAAAUUUUGUGAGGCACAGAAAAACGUCGCAAUCCAAAAAGCAUAAUCCUCUUACGUCGCCCGCCUGGACUUUAUUAUCUACCGACAUGAGCUGUGCACGUGCAUUAUGCGUCGUUUUAAGCGCAUAUCUCGUUCCAUUGCAUCUUGCAAGCCCCUUAGAAAGAGGCACCCAAACAUUACACGAGAGGUGCCUAACGGCUACAACAGUGGAGGGCUGCGAUACCAUCUUGUUGAGCUGGAGCUAUGACAAUGAAACGAACGAAUGCGAAAAAGGCUUCGUUUGUCACGGAUGCCCCAACAGGUUCGAUACAUUUGAUGAUUGCUUUGACGCCUGCAGUACGGUAUCAAUAACGACCCCGAAGCCGAGACCACUGCCAAAACCAUCACUCCCCAAAAUAAGACGAAAGCCAUGGCAUAGGGGCUGCAAGUAUUGGCUUAUGCACGGUGCAUGCUGCCAAUCGGUCUGGCUUGAUUUCGUGAAGGGUUUUUGGGGGAGGACACGACGAGCACUUUUCUACACUGGAUGUCGCCUUGACAAGGACAGAGUAUUCGCAUACGAUUUUUCUGCAAGAAAGUGCCGUGAGGUGAAGAAGCGUCCGCGUGGCCAAGGAGAGCCGCAAAACGAAAAUGCCCUUGAAGUACUCCGUGACAGAGAACGAGGAUGUCCACGUAAAACCUCAAGACUAACGGGCACCCACCUCGUCCCAUCCACGAAACCCGUCCCAUCAAACAAGCCCCCCAAACCCACCAUACCUAACCAAACCUCCAAACCCGCUACGCGCCCUAAACCCCCCGAACAAAACAAGCCCUUCUGGCAAACCUUAAACAAUGAAACAUCGAAGCCCACAGUGUCAAACAAUCACGACAAGCAAACCUCACCCAACCAACACACCAACUCCCCCAGGCAGGUUCUACAGAGCAACACCACACAGUAGAACAGGGCCCAAAUGUCUAACCUUCACCAUGGAGCGUCAGGACGAUGGGACGAUGGAAUCAAGAAAGCAACAUCUUCAUAAAAGGACCCUGUUGUGAUGCAACGAAAGCUGACGGUCGAUGGCAUGUCUGCAACCACAGCUGAUGGUCGAUAGCACAAGCUUGAUGCUAGAUAGCCUGACGGCGUAAUUAUUAAAAAAGCAUGAAAUAGGC